ACACUGAAGCUUCUCUCUCUCUCUCUGUGAAGGAAAGAUGAGGGUACCAACAUCUGGCUUCAUCAAAAAAAGCAUUAUUGUUCUCAAGUUAUACAUAAUUCUAUAUAUCAGUUGCAUACCUGACAGCAGGAACCACCUAUUUGCAGCCUCAAUAAUUCCACCUCAUUUUGGUUCCUCUGAUAUAUCAACGUAUGCCCUGCAAACAUUGGGAUUGGAUGGAUACCUCAGCUUUGAAAAUAAUCAUCAAGCAGCAACAGAUUUUGGAAAAAGAUACCAUUUACUACCAUUAGCUGUCUUACAUCCAAACUCCGUCUCCGAUAUAUCGCGCACGAUAAACCAUAUUUUCAGAAUGGGAUAUGUGUCGGACUUGACCGUUGCAGCUAGAGGCCAUGGACAUUCCAUCCAAGGUCAAGCUCAAGCCUAUAAUGGUGUAGUUAUCAGUAUGGAAUCAUUUCAAGGGCCAGAAAUGAAAAUAAAUGCAGGGAAUUUACCUUAUGUGGAUGUUUCAGCUGGAGAGCUAUGGAUAAAUAUCCUGCAUGAAACUCUUAAACAGGGGAUGGCACCAAAAUCUUGGACUGAUUACCUGCAUCUUACUGUUGGAGGCACCUUGUCAAAUGCUGGCAUUAGUGGGCAGGCUUUCAGGCAUGGACCCCAGAUCAGCAACGUUUAUCAGCUGGAAGUUGUAACAGGAAAAGGAGAGGUGGUUGCCUGUUCAGAGAAUCAAAAUGCAGACCUUUUCCAUGCUGUUCUUGGCGGACUCGGACAGUUUGGCAUCAUAACAAGGGCGAGAAUUUCUUUGGAAAAGGCACCAAAAAUGGUAAAAUGGAUAAGAAUGUUGUACUCAGACUUCGCCAAAUUUACAAGAGACCAAGAGUAUCUGAUAUCAUCCAUGGAUCAAUUUGAUUAUAUUGAAGGAUUUGUAGUUAUAAACAGAACCGGUCUCCUAAAUAACUGGAGAUCUUCCUUUAAUCCCAAAGAACCACUACAGGCUGGCAAAUUCAAUUCAGAUGGAAAAAUUUUCUACUGCUUGGAAAUAGCCAAGUACUUCAACCUAGAUGAAAUUAACUUUAUGAACAAGAAAGUUGAAAGCUUAUUGACAGGAUUGAGCUAUAUUCCAUCAACUCUCUUCACAUCAGAAGUUACUUACGUGGAUUUCCUGGAUCGUGUACACGUUUCGGAGAACAAGCUACGAGCAAAAGGUUUAUGGGAAAUUCCUCAUCCAUGGUUAAAUCUACUGAUUCCCAGAAGCCAAAUACAUGAUUUUGCUCAAAAAGUCUUUGGAAACAUCCUCAAGGAUUCUAGCAAUGGUCCCAUCAUAAUCUACCCAGUUAACAAAUCCAAGUGGAAUAAUAAAACAUCGUUCGUCACGCCAGAUGAAGAUAUUUUCUACUUGGUGGCGUUCUUAUCUUCUGCAGUUCCAUCUUCCGUAGGAACAGAUGGCUUAGAACACAUUUUAGAACAAAAUCAAAGAAUUUUGGAUUACUGUAUUGAGUACCACCCUGGUGUUAAGCAAUAUCUCCCCCACUACAACUCACAAGAAGAAUGGAGAUCUCACUUUGGGCUCAAGUGGCAGACUAUCUUGCAGAGGAAAUCUAUGUAUGAUCCUUUGGCAAUUCUUGCUCCUGGUCAGAGGAUAUUCCAAAAGGGUAUUCCCUUCUUAUGAUAGUUGUAUUUGAAUAAGCAACACAUAAAAAAGUUCCUUGAAGAAUGUGAAAGCUAUGAUGAUAAAACUGUAAAUUAAUGAGAAAUCACAUUAUGUUGCUAGGGAUC